CCUCCACCAGCUUCCAUGAAGUUCCCCGGGCACAGCGAGCAGCUGCUGCAGAGCCUCCGGGAGCAGCGUUCGAAGGGCUUCCUGUGCGAUUGCACCGUGCUGGUGGGCAGCACGCCGUUCCAGGCGCACCGCGCCGUUCUGGCCUCGUGCAGCCCCUUCUUCCAGUUCUUCUACAAGGAGCGGGACCUGGGCAAGCGGGACCUGGUGUGCAUCCACAACGAGAUCGUCACGGCGCCCGCCUUCGGGCUGCUGCUGGACUUCAUGUACGCCGGCCAGCUGGCCCUGCGCGGGGACACGCCUGUGGAGGACGUGCUGGCUGCUGCCAGCUACCUGCACAUGAAUGACAUCGUCAAGGUCUGCAAGCGGCGGCUGCAGGCCCGAGCCCUGGCCGAGGCCGACAGCACCAAGAAGGAGGAAGAGCCUCGGCCGCAGCCGCCCACCCCAGAGCCGCUGCCCAGCACCUCCCUCAGCCUCAUGCCCCUGCUUCCACCCCCUGAGACGCCCAGCUGGAGGGACCAGGACCCAUGGAAAGGGCCUGCCCCAGCGCCUGCCCUGCCCUCGGGCCCCCAUACCGAUGAGCCCCCGGGGCCCGAUAUUGCAGACACCACCCAGCCUGGCAUGGACACCCCGGUGGUGGAAGCCUCCCUUUCCAGCCCCAGUAGCUCCACGGAAACGGUACCUGCCAACUGCUUUUCUUCUAGUCUUGGGGCUGCCCCAGGGGAGCCCCCAGGGUCCCUGGAAGUGGGUCCUGAGAACCAAGGGGUGGGAGGCCCACGAGGACCUAAUGGCCCAGUGGAGGGCUUCUACCCACCUCAACCAACGGCAACCCCAGGAGAGGCUGAGCCUGUGCAGGUGAAGGUGGAGGCCAUAGUGAUCUCCGAUGAGGAAGCUGAGGGGCCGGAGGAGAGACCACGGGCACCUGAGGGACUCUUCCCACCUGGAACAGUUUGUCGGAGCCGCUGUGCCCCACCUGAAAGGUUUGAAGAGGCUGCGGCUGCCCGAGGCCCAGGGCUCAAGGAGGGGGGCCAGGCUGACCACUUUCUGGCCCCUGAUGCUCACCUUCCUUCCCACCUGUUAGCUGGCCCACAGCACUAUCACCCCAGGCUGGUGACACUCCCUCCACCUGCGCACAGCGGCCUUCAUGAGUCUCGCUCCUUGCCCGCAGAAAAUGAAGUGGCCUCGGGGGGCUUUGGGGUUUUCACAGAGGGUGUCCCAAAGUGCAAGACUUGUGGGAAGACCUUCUCCUGCUCCUACACGUUGAGGCGCCACGCAACUGUGCACACUCGGGAGCGGCGCUAUGAGUGCAGCUAUUGCCUGCGGAGCUAUACACAGUCAGGGGACCUGUAUCGCCACAUCCGCAAGGCUCACAAUGAGGGCCUGGCCAAACGCAGCAAGCCUGACCCCGAAGCUGCCCCCUCCUAG